AUGACUUCGCCAGAGCCAUACAGUCAAGACACCCUUAACAACUCUCCUCUCGCUGAACAUGGCAGCGAUUUCCCCUGCAAACUUCGCACAAAUGCAUUCUUGACUCCUUCGACGGAGACAAUCUAUCAGAUCGGCACUGAGAAUUCUAUCAAGUUCAAAGGAAGCGCGACACACGGUGGGGGCUCAUGCCAACUGAGCCUGACCGAAGACCGUGAGCCCACCAAAGAUUCUAAAUGGAAGGUUAUCAAGUCCUAUGAAGGAGGUUGUCCUACAAAGGCAGAGAGACUCGCCGGAGGCGCCACUGCAGACAAUGGCCUUCACCUCGAUUUUGCAAUCCCCGAAGGCGUUCAGCCCGGGAAAUACACCCUAGCUUGGACAUGGUUCAACCGCAUUGGACUUCGUGAGAUGUAUAUGAACUGUGCUCCCAUCACCGUGGCUAGUGGCUCGUCGCAACAGCCCAAAGACAUACAAAAGCAAACGCCUACUUUCCCACCCAUGUUCGUCGCUAAUAUCAAUGGCUGUAUCACGAAAGAGAACUUGGACAUUCGCUUUCCUGAGCCAGGAAGCAUUGUGGAGCAUAAUGGCCAAAUGGACCACCUUCUUCGCGAAGGUGAGCCACCAUGCACCGGAACACCUACGUUCGGUGCCUCGGCAGCCAUCCAGUCAUCCAUUCCCGACCCGACCAAGGGUGUGGUUGAAGAAACAGACUUAUCUCCUAAUUUAUCAGCUCUUGCCCGCAUUCCGUCUUCAAUUUGCUCUUGUCAUGUCCUUCGCCGUAAUUGUGGCCAUAGAUACAUAUCGAGGAACUGA